ACCCGCGGGCCCGCGGCUCGAGAAGCUGAUGAAGGCCGCCAUGCCGAUGAAGGGCCGCUUCCCUAUCCGCCGCACGCUGCAGUACUUGAACCGCGGGGACGUGGUGUUCAAGGACUCGGUGAAGGUCAUGACUGUGAACUACAACACGCACGGGGAGCUGGGCGAAGGCGCCAGGAAAUUUGUGUUUUUCAACAUCCCUCAGAUCCAGUAUAAGAACCCUUGGGUGCAGAUCAUGCUGUUUAAGAACAUGACGCCAUCACCUUUCCUGCGGUUCUAUCUAGGUACCCAGUGGCUUCUGAGAUCUGGACCCAGCUCUCCCACCUGUCUUCUCCAGCUUAUCUCCUGUUCUCUGCCAUCAUGUGGGCCAAUCUACCCACAUUUCCUUUGCUGCUCUUUGCUGAUGUGUCUUCACUUUCUGUCCAUGAGCUUAAAGAAUUCCUUUGCUGGGGUGUGUGGCCAUAGCUCCAGUGGUAGAGUGUGCAGUAUACUGCAAAACCUCAAAACCAAAUACUCUCUAAGCCUGGAUUUGGCCCUCAGGCACCUAGUGCCCCUCAGUGCUGACCACAGUCUCCUUUCUGGUCCCACUAGGUGUCUGAGACCCUGCUUGCUUGUCCUGAUGCCGGGCACCAGCAGCCCAUUACUGGUUCAUGAAUAAUGAGUAGAAAGUACCACAGGAAGAAGGAUCAUUAUACAUCUGCGCACAUAAGGGGUGUUGCUGAGGGGCAGCUUGGAGCCAGGUGUUGGGCAGUCAAAAAUCCACAAAGUCCAUGGGCAAACGCUUUGGCGUGCGUGUGUGUGUAUGUGUGUGUGUGUGUGUGUGUGUGUGUGUGUGUGUGUGUGUGUGUGUGAAGGUGUUCUGUGUAUGGGGGAGACAGAAUAUAAAGGAAACCAGAAAGAUGGUCAACUGGUCCCGUGGUGAAGGAAGUGUUCUUAGGGCCUUGAUGAGAUUUCUGGGCAAAUGUUGCAGAUUGGAGUCAUAGCCAGCCUUGGAGAAAUGAUGAAGCCACUGCAUGACAUAGGAUGGGUCUGUAGUAAGAGCCAGAUAUAUGCUCCUUUCUACAUGGGCAGUAGCUUAGGACUUUUUGUUUGAGAUAGGAAUCUGUAGCACAGACUGGCCUCAAACUUUUGAGUCCUCCUGGCUGAGACUUUCAAAUGCUGGGGUUAGUUAUGGCCACUAUAUACCUGCCUGCUUUGCCUCUGAAUUUCAUAUGGAUAAGAAUCUAUUGGGAACAUUUAUUAUAUGGAUAAUAGAAUCAGUGGGAUAAAGAACCCGUCCCUGGCUAGGAACUGUACUAGGAUAUGAACCUGCCCUCAAAACUCUGCCCAUGACAUAGCAAGGCCAUCUGCUUGUGCUGGUAGUCCCUGUGCCUUGUGGGAAAGACUGACUAUACCAUAGGGCUGUAUCUUGGUCCCUAGGAACCAUAGCCCAAAUGGAAGGAGGGCUGGGAGGAGCCUGGUACAUUUUCUUUUGCAAAAACCUUUUACAUACAUUGUUUUCAAAUCAUCUAAGGCUAAACCCAGGGUCUUUCAAGUGCUAAGUGUGUGCCUUGCCACACAGUCACAUCCCAUCCACUUUAUCCUUUUAGAGACAGGGUCUCGUUAUAUUGCCAGGCUGACCUCAAACUCCUUGGCUCCUGCUUCAGCUUUCUGAGUGCUAGGACUCCCAGCCUGGAGGAUCCCAGCUUCUCUUGAUUUGUUGCAGCUGAGCAUCUUCCACUAUGUUAGUCUCUCAACCCAUCCAGUCACCUAUUGAUGAGCUCUGCAUGAGCUUUUAAGUGCUGAGACCUUGAUAAAGAUUUGUGCAGGGAAAGUGGCAGGUGAAAAGAGCAGUAGAGAUGGUGACACAGCACUGAGAGGCUUACUCCAGAGAAAUGCUUUGGUUCUAUAGUGGGCAUGAGCAGAGAACAGAUCACAAGGUGUGGGCUCAGGAGAACAAGGUUGAAGGGACCGCAUGUACAGAGCAUUUUUUUUUGUUAUGUAACAACAACAACAACAAAAGAGUAGAAGGUCAUGUGACCAGAUAGCAAGCUGGUGACUUGUCUCUCCUCUUCACACAAUCACUGCUGCCUUCCUGGGACUCACCUUCAUGGCCUCAUCCAAUCCUGGUCACCUCCUAGAAGUACUCCCUGCAGAUGCCAUCAGGAAUUUCCAACACAACUUUUGAGGUUAUAUUCAGUUGAGCACAUCUGCAAAGUCCCUUUUUGUUCCGGCAGUGUCUUUUAGGAGCCACUGUGAACUGUCUUCUCACUGUUCUGUGUGUAGUGUCUGGGUACAGUUCUGUUUGAGGCAGUAUGUAUAUGGCAUUCAAAUCUGUGGCCUCUUAACUCUCAACCCCCAUGUGGGGGUGUGAAGACUUUAAUUUGUGUCAGUGCUAGAUCAUCCACUUUUCUUCUGGUUUAGUGGGUCUGUGGCCUAUCCAUGAUGCCUUUGCUUACCCCAAAGCCCCUCUCAUUUUUCCUUAGAGGCGUAUAAUUAUGUUUUAUGUCCCUGUGAUACUUUAGAUUUUUAAGUUUGUUACGUGGGUUUGCUUGCAUGAGUUUAUGUGCACCAGAUGCAUGCAAGAGCCAACAAAGGCAAGAUCUUCUAAAAUAGGUUAACAUGUGUUUUGAGUUUCUAAGUGGAUGCUGGGGAUCAAAGCUGGGUCCUCUACAAGAGCACUAAGUGUUAAGCCAUCUUCCCAGCCUGAGAUAUAUUUAUUGAAAUGCGUAUAAUUUGUGUGUGUGGGUACAAGUGCCUUUGUGCACACGUGGAGGCCAGAAGAGGGUUUUGGAUGUCUUCCUCUAUCACUCUACUUUAAGGUAGGGUCUCUCCGUGAACUUCAGGAUUGUGUUUUUGGGUAGGCUGGAAGUCACCAAGCCCCAGCAAUCCUUGUUUGCGCCCCUGCUUUGAACUAGGAUUAUAGGUGUAGCGUGGGUGCUGGGAUCUUAACUCUGGUCCUCAUGAUUGAUUGUGCAGCAAACACUCUUAACCAUUGAGCCCUCUCCACCCUGCCUGUGAUACACUUUUCAAGUUCUUUCCUGUGUACUAAAGGCAGGAUGGAAGUUGAGUUUUGGUUUUUGCACUGAGGAUACCCAGCUGUUGAACACUGCUGUACUUUUUCUCACUGGAUUUCCUUAGUAUCUUUGUUCAAAAUCAGUCACCAUGAUGGGGACCAACAGUGUGAUCUAUGUGCUGUGGCAAAAGACUAAGUGCUGAAACCUGCUUCAACCUGGUAGACCGGAAAUUUCCAAAAGAGGUAACUUUCAGAACAUUGAAGUGCUAGCCAGGAAUGGGGAUAGUGACUGUGGUAAGUAGGUACAGGGUGUAUUUGUUUUAUUAAAAUCGCUGAGUUAUGUGCUUUGGUUUGAAAUAAUCAAAUGUAUGCUUCUUUUUUAAAGAUUUAUAUCUGUAUGUAUGUGUACUACAUGCAUGCAUGGUACCUGGGAGGUAAGAAGAUAGCAUUGGAUCAUCUGCAACUGAAGUUACAGAUGGUUGUUAGCCAUUAUAUGGGUGUUGGGAAGGGAAGUGCCCUUAACCAUUGAGCCAUCUUGCCAGACCCCAAUUGCAUGUUUUACCGUACACAGAAGCUACUUUAUUACUUAAUUUCUGAAUUCUUUCACUGAAUUGGGUACUAAUUUUAUCUCUAUCUCCCCUCCCCAAGUUACUUUUUUUUUUUUUUUUUUUAAAUGUCUAGGGGCUAGCCUUAAAUUUGUGGUGCUCCUGCCUUGGCCUGCUGAGUGCUGGGAUUAUAUAAACUUGAAGAUGUUUGCCAAUUUCUAGAAGAAGGCUAGCUAUGGUUUUGCUUUUAGUAUUUUGAAAUUUUCAUUUUCUUGUGGUUUGGUGGUAGUUAGUUUUUGUAUUUGCACCUUAUCCCUUGACAUUAUUUCUGGUUAUUUGCACCUUAUCCUUGACAUUAUUUCUGGUAAUUUUAUAGAUUGCUUAGGAUAUUUUACUUAUUGUAACAUUCAUAUGCAAACAAAGCAUGGCACGGCUUCACUAAUCUUGGCAGUUUUCUUGUCUCAGUUCAUUUUUCUAGGCAGUACUAGUGUUGUGCAUCUCCACAAAUAGUGUCUCCAUCUGCUGUUGAGCCUCUUCACUAGUGUCCACUCUUUUGUAAUAUUGUAUUUUCUUAAUGACUAAUGUUGACUGCUUUUUCAUGUGCUUGUCAUUAGCUAUUUUGUUUUUAUUUAAUUUAAAAAAUGGGCAAAAUAUCUAAUUAAGUCAGGUUAUCUUCCUUAGUUGUGAAUUCAGAUAUAUGUGCUUUUUCCCAGUUCCUGACUUAGUGCCUUCUAUAACACAAAGUAAGGAAUUUCAAAUUCAAGUUACUGAUGGACUUUAUGGAUCACACUUUAGAUAUUAUGCCUGAAAAAAAAAAUUGCUCCUUGGUUAAAGGUCAUGAAGAUUUUCUCCUGUGGUGUUUUUGUUUGCUAUGCUGGGGGCUGCACCCAGGGCCAAUAUAUGCAGGGCAAACAUGGUCUGGUAAACUACAUUCUUUUAUAAAUUUUGUAAAAUGUUUUAGCAUGGGCCAGCUAAAUGACUUAGCACUUGAAAACAGACUACACAGAUUUAUCCUGUCCUCCACAUGUGGGCACACACACAGCCUUACGUUUUUGGUCCAUUUUAUUUUUUUCUUUCAUCUGUAUGUGACUAGCCAGUUCUAGUGUUGGAUGAAAAAAAUUAAGUUGAAAUUUUCUUGCCAUCUUUGCUGGAACCAGUUGCCAGUAGAAGGGUUUAUUUGGUGUUGGGCUUGGUUUUGUCCCAUUUGGUGGUAUGCCUAUUGUUGGGCACGUCUCUGUUUUGGUUCCAGUAACCUUUAGCUAUAGAACCCUUGGAAAGCAGACACCCCCUUAUCUUAUUAUUUUAUUUAUUUAUUUAUUUAUUUUUUUGGUUUUUCAAGUAUCUUAUUUUUUUGAGUGUCAAGCUCUUAGGGUCUUAGAAGGCUGGCCUUGAGCUGUACCUCUAGCUUUCCUAUUUUCUUUCAUUUCAAAAUUGUAGUUUUUCAUUUCCAUAUGAAUUGUAGACUCAUUUUGUUAAGCUUCCAUAAAAACUGUAUUGUAGAGAUAGGCAGAGUUUUAGGACAGCCAGGGCUACACAGAGAAACUCUGUCUAGAAACAAACAAAAAUUGCAUUGUUAUAGGGAUGGGACUACAGUGAUCUAUAGAGGAAUUUGUCUGCUCGUGUUUCUUAAAAAUGGAAAGUGGGAGGGUAUCAUCAUCAGUUAUGCAAAAAUUAUUGGAGUGAUGGCUUAGCAAUUAAAGGUCCUCUUCUAGAGGACUUGAGUCAGAUGCCUCACAGUUGCCUGUAACUCUAGCUCCUGGGGGUCUGAUAACUCUCUUCUUGACUCCUCAAGUACCUGUACUUUUGUGCACGAAUGCACAUAUAUACACAAUUUAAAUUAAAAAAUACUGAACUCUACUACUAAAAGAAAAUUGGAGUCUAAGCUGGUCUUGAUAUGUUAAUCAUCCUACCUCAUGAGGCUACAGGUGUAUUACACCUGGUAGCCCUACCUGUUGAGACUGAAAAGUAUGCCUGAAUCAGCUCUCCUCCCUUUGUGCCUC